GGGCUAAUACUAAAGUAGUAAGAUAAAGUGCCAGGCAGGUUGUGUUGCGUCUGGGACCACAAGCGCAGCACAGCAUACAUCCUGCAGCGCUAACCUAGCUUACAUUACCUAACGCUACAAUGCUCUCCAUCUCAUCCACUCUAAUCAAGAACACUCGUGUGGUCCAGUGCGCGAGGCUGCUGCACACGUCUUUGGUCGCCAAUAUGCCAAUUCAGGUUGGUGAAUCUCUCCCUGCAGUGGAGGUCCAGGAAAAUGAACCAGGAAACAAAGUUUCUAUGGAUCAGCUCUUCAAGGGGAAGAAGGGAGUCCUCUUUGCUGUACCUGGAGCUUUCACCCCAGGAUGUUCAAAGACUCAUCUCCCAGGUUUUGUGCAGCAGGCUGGAGACUUGAGGAGUAAAGGCAUUCAGGAGGUUGCAUGCAUUUCUGUCAACGAUGCAUUUGUCAUGGCUGCAUGGGGAAAAGAGCACGGGACAGAUGGCAAGGUUCGAAUGCUGGCUGAUCCUACAGGAGCUUUUACAAAGGCGGUUGACCUGUUACUUGACAGUGAUCAGAUUGUGCAGGUACUUGGGAACAAGCGAUCCAAGAGAUACUCCAUGCUGGUGGAAGAUGGGGUUGUGAAGAAGAUCAGUGUGGAGCCUGAUGGCACUGGACUGACCUGCAGCCUGGUCUCCAAUAUUCUGUCUGAUCUGUAGACUUAUUUAGAUCUUCUUAACCCAAAUUACAGGCACUGAGUCACUGUAAAAGUUGCACUUACAAAACCCAGUACAAACCUCGUCCACCACUCUCUUUUUCCUGAAGACGGAUGCAAAAAUGAAAAAAAGCCAGAGGCUUAUUAAUGCGCACAACUUUGAAUUGAAUGGUUAUCCAAAUGAAUCACAACAAUCCUCUGUAUACAUUUACUCCUAUCAAAAUAAAGAUCAUCCUGAAGGCAAUAA